CCAUUGUAAUAGUUUAAUUGUGCGUGUCGCUUCGAUCAUCGCGGACGUGUGCUCCUCAUUGGCUCAGAUUGGCGGAAAAAUGUCAUAUUGGACUAUUUUUGUGGUUUUGUGUGUUUGGUUUUAUUGGUUGUGGACCCGACGAAGAUACUAUGCAUUAAUUUUUAAAAUAUCGGGACCCCUAGGAUAUCCGCUGUUGGGGAAGACGUUGGAUUUAAUUGACAAAAAUAAAGAUCCCUUAAGUGUGAUACAUACGCACAGCGAGAAAUAUGGCCCAUUGAUGUACACUUGGUUGGUCACCUAUCCAGUUUUGCUUGUCACCGACCCUGAUAUUAUUCGAGAUGUUUUCACAUCGCCGCAUUGCACGAAUAAAAGUGUACUUUACAAAGCGGUCACCAAUGGCGUUGGAAGAGGCCUAUUCUCUUCAGAUGAUCCGGAAUGGGGCGUUCACAGGAAACAUUUGAAUCCUGCAUUUGGACACAAAAUACUACUGAGUUUCAUGCCUAUUUUCAAUCAGGAGGUGAACAAAGUUUUGAAGCUGUUCAAGGAAAUGGGCGAAUGUUCGGAUGUGGUCGCAUUGCUACAAGAUUUAACAUUGAAAAUCGCCAUAAGAACAACGAUGGGAGUUAAUGCAGAUCAAGAGUAUGGCAAUGGACACAACGGUAAUUUAAUAAAAAGCUAUCAGUGUGUUGUAGAAAACAUGACCGAUAUUCUGUUUGCGCCAUGGCUGACCAACAAUCUAAUUCGGAGGGUGUUGGGAGUUUACGAACCGUUCAACUCAUGCAAAGCAGAAAACCGCAACUUUAUUCGAAAGCUCAUAGCAAACAAAUUAAAUGGGAAUGGAAGUGAUGGUAAAAAUGCAGACGGAUCCAAAAAUAUUUUCAUAGAUCAAGCAAUUGAACUUUUGAGAAAAAACUUAUUUACACAGCAGCAUGUGGAGGACGAGUCGAAUACUAUUGUUCUGGGGGCAUUCGAGACGACAGCGAAUACAAUUGGCUAUGUUCUCAUUUUGCUUGCAAUGUUCCCCGAAUACCAGCAAAAAGCCUACGAAGAGCUCGUGUCCAUUUUUCCCGAGGGCGGUGAUUUCGAUGUGACCUAUGCCAAUAUUCAAGAUAUGAUCUAUAUGGAUAUGGUUCUCAAUGAAUCUAUGCGCAUUAUGACGCCGGUACCGUUCGUGGGACGUGAGAAUGUGAAAGAUAUUCAGCUCUCGAAUGGCAUGGUUAUACCGGCCGGAGUACAAUUUGUCAUUAACAUAUUUACCAUGCACAGACGCAAGGAUAUAUGGGGUGCCGCAGCCGAUGAUUUUAACCCGGAUAAUUUUUUGCCUAGUAACAUGGAAGGCAAACAUCCGUAUGCAUUUAUUCCCUUCACAAAGGGAAUACGGAAUUGCAUAGGAUGGAAAUAUGGCCUGAUGUCAGCAAAGGUGGCCUUGGCAAAGUUGCUAAGGAAUUUUCAAUUUUCCACUGAUUUCCAAUACAAUGAUUUGGAAUUUUAUGAUUCGAUUGUUCUCAAACUGAAGCAGAUGCCUGUGCUGAGGAUUACAAGGAGAUAAUUAAUUAUUAUUAUUUUGUAUUAAAAAAUUUAUAUAUAUUAUAAAAUUUAAAUAUUGUAAUUUAUAUAUAAUUAUUAAGUGGAAAUUAGUGUAUUUUAUAAUUGAAAAACUACCGGAUUAGGCCAAAUUUGUAAACGAUAAGGAGAUUAUAACUUGCU